CGCUUACCAGUACUUGGCGAAGGUUCGAGAAUGCCAAUAUGCAGCACCUACAUAAAGCCUGCCUCUCCUCCCCUCCUCUCACUGUUACACCCAUCAUCCACCUGCCUUUCACGACUUUUUGAUACCUUUUCUUUACCUCCAUCCCAUACACACUUUGUAAGUGGUUCCGUCUUUAAUAUGUCCCACGCGACUGACACUGACAAUCAUCUUGCUUAUUAGUCAAAAUGGCCACUGAGAGUUUCGGCUUCCAGGCUGAAAUCAGCCAGUUGUUGGACUUGAUCAUCAACACCUUCUACUCCAACAAGGAGAUCUUCCUUCGAGAGUUGAUCUCGAAUGCUUCGGAUGCGCUCGACAAGAUCCGUUAUGCUUCCCUCACCGAUCCCUCUGUUCUCGAUACCGAGAGGGAACUCUACAUCCGAAUCAUUCCCGACAAGGAAAACAAGAUUCUCUCUCUUCGUGAUACCGGUGUCGGUAUGACCAAGGCCGACAUGGUCAACAACUUGGGUACCAUUGCUAAGUCUGGUACCAAGGGCUUCAUGGAGGCUUUGAGCUCCGGCGCCGAUAUCUCUAUGAUUGGUCAGUUCGGUGUCGGUUUCUACUCCGCCUACCUCGUCGCCGAGCGUGUGCAAGUCAUCUCAAAACACAACGAUGAUGAGCAGUACAUCUGGGAGUCCGCUGCUGGUGGCACCUUCACCAUCACCCCCGACACUAUCAACCCUCCUCUGGGUCGUGGUACCGAGGUUCGCCUCUACCUCAAGGAGGACCAGCUCGAGUACCUCGAGGAGAAGCGAAUCAAGGAGAUCGUCAAGAAGCACUCUGAGUUCAUUUCCUACCCCAUUCAAUUGGCGGUUACCAAAGAAGUAGAGAAGGAGGUCGAGGAUGAAGAAGAGGAGAUGAAGGAGGAGACCGAGCAGGCCAAGGUCGAGGAGGUCGAGGAUGAGGAGGAGAAGAAAAAGAAGACCCACAAGGUCAAGGAGAAGGAGGUCGUAAAUGAGGAGCUUAACAAGACCAAGCCAAUCUGGACUCGCAACCCCAACGAGAUCACUCCCGAGGAGUACGCCGCCUUCUACAAGUCGCUGACCAACGACUGGGAGGAGCACCUCGCCGUCAAGCACUUCUCUGUUGAAGGUCAGCUAGAGUUCAAGGCUAUCCUCUUCAUCCCCAAGCGCGCACCAUUCGACCUCUUCGAGACGAAGAAGAAGCGUAACAACAUCAAGCUCUAUGUCCGCCGUGUCUUCAUUAUGGACGACUGUGAGGACCUCAUUCCCGAGUACCUCAACUUCGUCAAGGGUAUCGUCGACUCCGAGGAUCUUCCUCUUAAUAUCUCUCGUGAGACACUCCAACAGAACAAGAUUCUCAAGGUUAUCCGAAAGAACCUUGUCAAGAAGACCCUCGACCUUGUCUCCGAGAUUGCUGAGGACAAGGACAACUUCAACAAGUUCUACGAGAACUUCGGCAAGAACAUCAAGCUCGGUAUUCACGAGGACGCCCAGAACCGCAGCAAGCUCGCUGAGUUCCUCCGCUUCUACUCUACCAAGGCUCUCGAGGAGAUGACCUCCCUUAAGGACUACAUCACUCGUAUGCCCGAGGUCCAAAAGAACAUUUACUACCUCACUGGCGAGUCGCUUUCUGCCGUUAAGGACUCACCUUUCCUUGAGGUUCUCAAGAAGAAAGGUUUCGAGGUUCUCCUGCUCGUCGACCCCAUCGACGAGUACGCUAUCACUCAACUCAAGGAGUUCGAAGGCAAGAAGCUCAUUUGCGUUUCCAAGGAGGGCCUUGAGCUCGAGGAGACCGACGAAGAAAAGAAGGCUCGUGAGGAGGAGGCCAAGCAAUUCGAUGAUCUCUGCAAGGCCGUCAAGGAGGCUCUCGGCGACAAGGUUGAGAAGGUCGUUGUUUCCAACCGUAUCCACGAUUCUCCUUGCGUUCUCGUCACUGGUCAGUUCGGCUGGUCGUCGAACAUGGAGCGUAUCAUGAAGGCGCAAGCACUGCGUGAUUCUUCAAUGUCAUCGUACAUGGCUUCAAAGAAGACCCUUGAGCUCAAUCCUCGUAACCCCAUCAUCAAAGAGCUCAGAAAGAAGGUUGCCGAGGACAAGGCCGACAAAUCCGUCCGCGAUCUCACCUACCUUCUCUUCGAGACCGCUCUCCUCACUUCCGGCUUCUCUCUCGAUGACCCGACCUCGUUCGCCAAGCGUAUUCACCGCAUGAUCUCGCUCGGUCUCGACGUUGACGAGGAGGAAGAGGAGUCGGCCCCCGCCGUAUCGUCAGAUGUCCCGCCACCACUUGAGGAAGCUACGACCUCCGCCAUGGAGGAGAUUGACUAGGGAACUCAUUGACAUCCUGUGUUGUGUGCUGGGUCCGUUUGUUCUUGCUGUCGCUUUCUCAUCUGUAUUCUAGUCACGCUUUGGGCAUGUUUUGCGCAUCUGAUUCUUACGACAAGUAGCAUACAUUUCUAGUUUAUACACAAAUCAAAUGCAUUUUUUUAGCUUCUCGAACACCUAAAUUAAGUCCAGCCCAGUCAUGUUUGUUGUGGAGUUUUAUAAUUCCAACAAAACGCCACAAGGUGCAUCCCG